AUGAAACGGCAGGGCUCUGGCUCUCUGGAUACGGGUGAUGACGACACAGAGUUACCAAUUGCCUUGUCAAAAUGCCUCUUGGUCACUAUCCUCCGCAACCAGGACCACCACUGGCUCGAGCCCGGCAAAUACCUGACAAGCACGACCGGGUACAAGAACCCGGGUGUCACCGACCUGCGCUACGGCCUUUUGCAUAUUCACCUGCACACCGAGUUCAAGACAACGCGGCCCGGCGAGCCCCUGGCCGGGCUGUUGAAGGUGUAUCGGAAACGGCUAGAAUUCGUUGGCGGUAUGCGGAACGAGGCACGCUGGGAGCUGCUGGUGCAUUUUGAUCGGACGCGGCUGAGGGGCGCCGACAGCAAGUACUCGCCGAGAAGGCUGGCUGUUCUGUAUUACAUACCCAGGGACGAGACGAUCUCGUAUAAGACGCGGAUAUACGACUUGGAGAGGCUUGAGCGCACGCCGUUCUUUGACGGUGCGAUGAGGGAGGUCGGCGAGGACUGGUGGCACAAGAGCCGUCGGCCCGUGAGUGCCAACGAGAUCCUUGACAUUACGAAUGCUGCGGUAGCCCUGCAUCUGUGUCCGAACGACGGCAACGACUUUGCUGAUUCAGUCUACUCCAGCAAGGACUUUUCGUUCUGCGUGGGUCCGGCAGGCCAGAUGAUGCAAUCCGUCGACUACACAUUGCCAGGCACUCUUGACGUGACAGAGUUUUCGCUGCGCGGCAGCACGAUCGUGUACUCACGCUUGGACGAUAUUGUCAGAUUCCGGAUGCUCGAAUUGCCCACGGCUGCGGAUGGCUCACUGGUGGCAGAUGGCUCGCAGAUGGUGCAGACGCUCGGGCCCGAGAUCCGCGAGCUGCAGCGCGAUGUCGGCCACCAGUCGCACUUGCUGCUGCUGCAUUCCACGCGGCCUGGCCACUCGGUGGACGUGUUUUUGGCGCGCGGCACGACCUCGGGCGACACGUUCUUUUUCUCCUUCAGCCUGAUCCAGAACUCGACCAAGGCGUACCGCUGGAAGGCCCGGUCGAUGAAGCGCUACCGGCUGCCAGUGCACCAGCAGUUCUCUGGUCUGUCGCGCGACGAGCUGCGUAUCGUGCAUGACCCGCCGCUCUGCGAGCAGGCCGGACUGACCACGGCGCUGUAUUUCAAGGCGACCGAUAUCGCGGUGGCGGUGGACACGCUGUGGUUCCAGGACACGGGCAGCAGCGAUGUGCUGCAGUUCCAGCGGAUGCGCGAGUCGCGCCUGCCGUACGUCAGCACGCUGAACUCGCCGGUGGCGGUGAACAUGACAUUGGAUGAGAGCGGCGCCAUGCUGGCAAUGAGCACAGUAGACGACGAGCUGUUUAUAUUUUCGCGCGUGCAGGUGCCGUCGUCGAAGCGCAUAUUGGAUUACCGCCGCUAUUUCCGUGAUAGCGCGUUACUGCCGCUUGUGGCUACUGAGCCCGAGUCCUCGAUUGAUGUGCUGAAUGAGGGCGAGACCGACGCAUUCCAGUGGCAGUUGAAGCUUACCUGGCAGCCGAGCGCCCUGGCAGCCGGCGUGCACUGGGACGACACGUUUGUCACGCCGGACAAUCCGUUUGCCGUGUCCCAGAGGUUCUCGGUCUCGACGCACCAGCAGUCGACGACCACGUGCUUGAGGUUUUUGCAUUUCGACUCGACGCAGAUGACCCCGGCCAAGGAUGACGGCAGCGAGAAACCGAGGGAGGUCACAAGGCUAUUGGCGCUAUCGGCGUCUGGCACUUUGCGUCUGUGGGAGCUGGAUAGCCAUGAACAGAAUCCGCAUGUUCUGUGGCCGUUUGUUACCGAGCAUUGGGGGCUAAUGUUCAUGCUUGCUGCGGUUAUUUCGUGCUGCAUUUAUAAUGAACGGAGGUGGGACUCGGCACCAUGA